AUGGCAUCCUACCAGUCGGACUUCGAUCCACCUAAUAGGCCAGGAGACUCCACACGGGGCAAGAGGUUGGGCACGUAUAUGCAAGCUGGGCCGUCGAAAACGGAGCGAAGGGGGAAGGAUACACAGAUGUCAAGUCAGAUGGGGACUCGACGGGUUCAGGCCCCCUCUUCAAGUCGAACACAACCCACUGGACUACCACAAGGAACGUUACGUGAACCCACGACAUUCCCAACAGAUUAUCCAGAACUCAAGACUAAACCUCAGAACACAUCAUCGUCCACUUUUGGGUUUGGAAAAUCAACUAAAACAACUUCAGAUCGUAAGCCAGAAUUGAAGGGUAAGUCGUCUCGAAAUUUUCUUCGCAGGAAGCCAUCAUCAGUAGCUCAGCAACAGGCUGUUGCCGCGUCACGGCCUGCAGAACGAUCGGCUUCUGCAAGUGUUAGCAAAUCGGUACCAGCGCCUUCAGGACGUCGACCAAGUCUUGGAACUUCAUCAAAAUCGACCGAUGCUUACAAUGAGAUCUUUACAAGGCCUAGAGCAAGAACACCAGCUGCGAAGGAGAAUCCUGUGAUACCCGAAUUGGAUAGGUAUCGGUCCAGACCAGAGCAAGCAACACUUUCAAAGAUUAGAUCUAAUGGAGAGGUUCCGAAACUAUCAACUCAUGAUCUUCCUCCACCAACUCCGCUUUUAUCAGGUACCCCAGGAAACUCAGGUGUCAGUAGUUCGUCCCACAGUCAUCGCUACAGUGGGUAUAGUGGUAGUGGAUACAGUGCGAGUCCGUCGACUAGAUUCUCAGAAUCACCUGGACCUGGAGCGGCUUAUAGUAGAGACACAACACCGACCUCAAUGUCUUCACAAUCGCCUGGACUUAUUGCACCAAUGAAGAUGAACCCUCCUCGACUACGACAUGGAAGUCCUGCUAUCAACAGACCACCUCCUCUAACCAGGAGGGCUGCUGGCAGUUAUUCUGAGAGCGAAGAUGCUGCCGUAGCAGUCGAAUCGCAGGGCCUUCCUUCAUUACGGGAAUCUGUCACAUCUUCAUCGUCAAAUUCUACAGUCAAGGGAGAUGGAAAGGAAAGUGAGAAUAAGAGAAAGAAGAAACGCUUGACGCCACCUCCACCUAGUCCACCGCCACGAGGCUCUUCUCACAAGUUCAAGAAGUCUUCGGAUGAUACUCUUGGUACUCCUUCGAAGACAUCACAGUCACCAGCAAAAUCAGUCAUGACUUCUCCGUCUGAAACAUCGGAGAAGAAACAAAAUAAUCCUGUUCAAUCUCCACCAAAGGGUGCUCGACCAGUACGACCAAGUAGAGAAGGUGCACCAGAUCUUCAAUCUCAACUGGGUGAUUCCUUGGCUGUCAUUCAAAGUAACCUAGCAGGACUUUCUUUCCAGUCAGAUCGACGACAGAGUCUAUCUCAACGGCAACUUGCACCUUCACAGCUACAGUCCCAGCACAUGACUCGUCCUCCUAUGGCUUCUCGACUUCCAUCUCGGAAUCCUUCACCCAGUCCUAUACUGCCGUCUCCAAGAGAAGCAACACCUGCACCUUCUGGACUUGGGAUUAUACCAGACUUGAAGCCUCGGGAACAUUCCAGAAGCGCAGGUACUCGUACACCAAGCCCAAGUUUGGCAGCGCCAAAAUCUCGGUUCGGAUUGUUCGGAAAGCGAACUAAAACAGCACCAGAAGUUCCAGCAAUUGACAACAAAGACAAAGGCGCUCGAAAGGGUCCUGCAGCUGGAACUGGGCACGAAGGUUAUGGUAGGCAUGCACUUCGAGGGAGAAGCAGUAGUACUGGAGCAGGAGCAAUGGGUCGCGAAAGAAGCCAGAGCAGAGGUUCACGAGCUAGUAUUGGAAGUACUCAUGCACACGAUCCUUUCUUGCUUGAGAGAAUGAGUCCUGUCAUCAUCUCAGGUGGAGGCGAAAUCAAAGAGAAUCUCAAUGCUAGCUUUGAGCAUCUCACCCGCACAGACAGUAACAACAGCUUCAUUCCACCGCGGCCCAGCCUCGACUCGAGAAACUCAUCGAAGUCUAGUUUGGUACACGAAGCCCCUCGCACUACGUUAUGGCCAUCAGCCAUGCCAAAAGAGCCUGCAAAACGGCCUGUCAGACUUCCACUGCCAAAAGGACGUCGUCCCUCAGACAGCAGUGACGACGGAGGACCUCCUCCGUCGUUAGCAUUUCGCCGAUCCAUCUUACGAAACAAUGCUUCUGAUUCUUCCGUCAAUCUUCCACGUCCCCUCAAUAUUCCCAGCCGCGGUGUAUCGCCUGCAAUGAGUAGUAUGGAUGCUAGUCUUAUGUCGGACGACUCUCGAUUGGAUCUGAAACCUGUGAUUAGCAGAGGUCGUAAAGAAGAGCCUAAGAAGCCAAAGAAACUGGAGAAGCGAACACGGUCCCCUAGAAAGUGGAAUUUCUUCCAUCGUUCGCAACCGACUGCCAAAGCUAAGGAAGAUGUCCCAGUUCAAGUUGCUGUCAGCAAACCAGCAUUGAAGGAGGCUGCUGUUCCGCAUUAUGCCAUGCUGGAUUCGUCUGAUGAACAGCAGGAUAUUGAUGCGGUGGAUCUUGAUGACAUUCUUCGCGAUGCUGAUGUUGUUGAUUUGACGAAUGAAGAGUUGGAUGCGCUGCAGUUUGGUAAUUAUAAGGAUAACUUGAAACGGAUCGAGAAUCUACAUCUGACAUCAGCGACACCGCCGCCUCAAAAGGUAGAGGAGCCGGUCCUUCCUGCACCAGCUUUUAAAUCACCCGAGCCUGCUCCGGUCACUCCAGAGAUGCCUCAGACCGAAUUUCAUCUUACAGAUGAGACCGCUCCAACUCGUCCAAGUCGACUUCCUCAGGUGGGUCGUAUUCCAAAAGUUGUAUCUGCAAGACCACAAGCGACAUCACCGAAAUCAUUCUCGAGACCCUUUGCUCGACUUAGCACCGUUCAUCCUUUUAUGCAACCUUAUGCGAUUGACAAACAGUCGGUCGCUGUCGGGCCUAGUCCACAAUUGUCGGUUCGCGAUUUGGAUACCGAAGAGGAUCGACAGGUGUCUACGAUCGAGAGCGAAGGAUCCAAGGAAAGUUCGGGCGACUCUAAAUUGAGUGCAGAUGGUGCUAAUCACCGGGACUUCUUGAUAUUCCCAUCGAAGAGAAAGGGUUCAGAAGCGACUAGCAGCUCGGGACGAUUGAGCUUUGUAGGUACUUCGGGUACUACAGCAGUAAUCCCCGAAGUCGGAGCUGACUUGGAAGAAGACGAGGUCUGGAAUGAGUUUGACGACUUAAUUGAGCACGAUGAAGAUGAGAUUCCUAAAUCAGCUACUUCGUCUUGUGGUGUCCCGUUUCAAUACGAAGGCUACGAAAGUCGACGGAUGAGAAAGAGUAGAAUGAGGGCCAAGGAGUCACCGACGAUUGCUUCGCAACCAGCUAUCAGAGAGCCACCGCAGGAGGCAUCGAUGACAAGACGCUCGGAGUUUACUACUUCCAGUGUUUACAGCGCUGAUUUGAGUGCCAAGCUGAAGGAAGCACUUGCACCGACACCGACCAGCGCCAUAUCUUUUGGUGAUUUCAUCUCGGGGUAUGGUGAUCGUAAUAAUUCGGUCGAUGACGAUUCCGGAACGAGAUUCUCUCGCGAUAUGCAGAACGGCUUGAGAUUGUCUAUGGCAUCGAGUCAUUCUGAUUGUACUCAGUUCUCCGAUGGGGAUGUCUCGCCGAUAUCUCAAGUCAACCUUCGUGUUGGAUCGAUGACGGUCAGCAAGUGGCUCACCUUUGGACAUGUCUUGUUUAGUCCGGCUAGGGAGGAAAUCAUGCAGCUUGAAGGGUCUUCAAAACGCCAUUCCAUCUUAGUCAUCGAUGGUCUUGGUAAUGACGACUGGUCUUUCUACGCUGCUGAAACUUAUCCCAACUCGACAUUCUACAACCUCUCGCCCACACGACCGCUCUCAGCUUCAGAACGAGCAUCAAACGGCUCCUCAUUUCCCCUCUCCCCAAAGAAUCAUCGACAAGUCCAAUACACCUCCCCCGCCCACAAAUUCCCUUUCCCAUCCUCCACCUUCCACGUCGUCGUUCUUCGCUUCCCCUCCGCCAUGCCCGAAUCCUCCUACCGCAACAUCAUCUCGGAAUCCAAACGCGUCCUCAAACCUGGCGGCUACCUCGAAACCGCCAUCCUCGACCUCGACAUGAUGAACAUGGGCAACCGUGCCCGCCGCGCCGUCCGCGGCCUCAAAGUCAAACUGCAAGUCGCCAACCCCAACACCUCCCUCUCCUCCGCCUCCGACACCGUCCUCCGCUACAUCGGCAAGCGCGGCUUCCACGACGUCAAGAUCUGCAAGGUCGGCAUCCCCGUCGCGUCCACGGUCCCCUCCACCAAGGGCGAGCGCAAAGAGGAACUCAGUCUCGCGGAUAUGAUGCGUGAUGACUCGCAGGUCGGCGACGAGGGCAUCACGAAGAUGGUCGCGAAGGUCGGUCGCUGGUGGUUCACGCGCUGUUAUGAGUUGGAUGUCCUGCCUGAUGGGGAUGUUUCCCGCUCGAUCUUUAGUGAUGCGCAGUUGUUGGCUGAGUGCGAGAAGUGGAAUAGCAGUUUCAAACUCGUCGUUGCGUAUGCGCAGAAACCGGUUGUGGCGAGACGCAGGACGGCGAGUGUGUGA